GAAAGAAGAGUUUGCCAAACACCAUCUGCCAAAAUGCAGCAAGACGAAGUCAUUUGGCAAGUUAUUGGUCAUGAAUUCUGUUCUUAUAGGAUAAAAGGUGAAGCAUUAAAUUUUUGCAGAAAUGAGUACAACGUUACUGGACUUUGUAAUCGACAGUCGUGUCCAUUGGCAAAUUCUCGUUAUGCUACAGUUCGAGAGGAUAAUGGAAAGCUGUAUCUGUAUAUGAAAACAAUUGAAAGAGCACACUCGCCUGCAAAGUUAUGGCAACGGAUCAAGCUGUCCAAGAACUAUACGAAAGCUUUGGAACAAAUUAAUCAAAAUUUAUUGUACUGGCCUGGGCGUCAGAUUCAUCGUUGCAAGCAAAGACUUACUCGUCUUACUCAAUACUUAAUGAAAGCCAGGAGGCUUGCUCUUAAACAUCAACCUACUUUAAUUCCCAUAAAGCCCAAGCAAAAGCACCGCGAAACAACUAGAGAACGUAAAGCUCUGAUUGCCGCCAAAUUAGAAAGGAACAUCGAGCGAGAAUUGGUUGAGCGGCUUAAGAGUGGUGUUUACGGUGAUCAGCCUCUCAACGUGAACGAGGAAAUUUGGCAAAAGGUUUUGUCUGCUCGUGAGGGUCUGGUUGACGAAGCGAAGGAACAAGAAGAUAUCGAAAAUGCCGAAGUCGAAUAUGUUGAUGAAGACGAGGAUGAGGAGGAGGAAGAGAUUUCUGAUUUAGAAGAUUGGUUGGCUGAUCAAGGUUCUGAAGAAUCUGCAACUUCUGAUGAAAGCGAUGAGGAUGAAGAAACUUCAGACGAAGAAGAUGCGACAUCUAAGAAACGUAAGUCUGUUGAAGAUAAAAAGUCUCGCAAGAGACAUGGUCCUCACAUACACGUUGAAUAUGAACGCGAACAUGAGACUGCUCCGGCCGUUCAACAAGAGCAUGCCUGGUAAAGGGUUUCCAAAAAAAUGGAAUUUUGGGUUUCGGGUUCAGGUUUUAUGCCUACUCUUUGGUUUUAGGAAAAGGGUUUUUGUUUCAUACUUUAUUUUGAUUACUAAUAAUUACUUGUAUUUAUGCCAAAA